CGAACCAACAUUGGCUCAUGGCUUGCUGCGUUGUGUCGGUGAGCUCCCGUACUCCAGCGUGGUGAAUUUCCCGCACCGUUCGGUGGUGAGUUUGGUUUUCUUUGUCCGCGAUUCAUUCUCACUGCUUUGUGCCGUGUGCUUUGGGCUGCGAUUGGCUGGUACGGUUGGGCCGAAGUGGGAUGCAGUGUGACAGUCCGUUUCGGUCACGCUACCGGGCCAAGAGGGUCGCGAGAGCAGCCGAUUCGGUAUUGCGCUUUGUUGCACCAAUACACGCACCGCGCACAUCGUCACGCAAGAGGAUGUGUGUUUAAAGUUUAGUUAGGCACUUCAGUCGAAUAUUGUUUGAAAGCCAAAUAGUAGUUAUUCCCCUCUGCAAACAGCCACAUCUUGUUAUUCCGGAGAGGCAGGCAGACAAAGUUUGUACAACAUUAUAAUAUAUAAACAUAAUAUAAUAAUAAAGCUCUCGCGCGCGCGAGCUAACGCUUUUUCGUCGUGAAUUGAAGUGCGCUGGUGUUUUUUUUUCGGUCCACCCGUGAUUUUUGGAGACGGGUUUUCACGGGAUUUUCCUCACGCGCGCUUGACUGAUUGCUUGCUGGCGUGACAAUUUCCGAGGAUCCCCGCGGAAGAACCACAAAAACAGUGAGUGAGCGAACCAAAUUUCGCGAGUCGAUUGUUCCUCCCUGGUUGGAAGGCGGGAAUCGCUAGUGACUCUUUUUCCGAUGCGUUUCGGUGUAUCCCCGGGAAACGGACUUGUUUCGGCACAUGUGGAGCAGCAGCAGUAGUAGUCAGUGGUUGUGGUAGUAGUAGACUGUUUGAAGUGUAGUACACGCGCUCAUUCGGUUUUUUUUUUUUGCUCGGACACAGACACAACCGAAAACGGAAUCAACCAUCGUCACGCAACGGCUAACUAACGCAUCGUACGCACGUUCGCGGGAGAAUAGCCACACGAGCGAAGUCCUUCCAGGGAGAGUCCUUCUGCUGAGCCGGAGACGGUUGCGGAAUUUCGACGGGCUACAAGAGAGAGAGCCACGGACUGACUGAAGCGCACAUAUUUGCCUUUUCAAUCAGUAAAACGACACUGGUGUUUGGGUUGCAACGAGUCAACAUUGAACCGAGCUAAGGGAAGGAGCCUCGACGACGUUCCUUCGUUUGCUGUGGCACCCAAAAGCGCCAAAACGCUUAAGCCUUAAUCCUCAAGAGUGUGACGACGUCGUCGACAACGACGAGGACGUCGAUGACGAACCUGUUGAAACUACCCCCGGGAUUCGAAGUGUGUGUAUAGGCUAUUUGCCAAGGUCCAAGGCACCAACCAAAGGCAGCUAAGUUUUUGUGUCCACACAGAAAAGUAGCUCGGUGGCGCUCUGUCCGAAAACGGAAUCGCCCUCUUACCGUGUGUGUACGGACGUACGGGCCCCGGUACCAAGAGAUCCGGACGACGACGACGCCGACGACGUCCGGAGAGAGUGGAGUUGUUUGUGUUUAUUAUUGAAUUUUAAAUAGAGUUCUUCAACCGACGACAGUGUGCCGUCCUUGCCGUGGCGAGACCCUCGAAAGUCGAAGGAAUAUAUCCGGCCCGAAAAAGGGGUUUUUGUAGUUCGAACAAAAGUAAACAAAGAAUCGGCUCGGCUCCGAUAACAACCAACCAAGUGAUAAACAAUUUAGUGAUUAACGGGAGGAAUGUGAGCCGCCGAUAAUUGAGCGAUUGAACGAGAUGAUCGAUCUAGUGCUGGUGGUCGACGAAAUUGUAUUCGAAAGUGAUUUUGAUUGAUUUGUGGCCGUGGAAGACAAAGCGAAGCUUGUAGUAUUGGAGCACUUAGUAGGGAAGAAGAAGAAGAAGAACAAACGAUAGCGAAGUGAGAAGUGAAAACAAAAAAAAUGCAGAAACUUUAUCCGGAAACAUCGAUCAACAGUACGAGUAUGGCCGGCGGAAACAUGAGUCCGAUGGCCUCGACGUACAGUAUGAACAGUAUGGGCAUGACCGUCGGCGGUAUGUCGUCGGUAUCGCCGCAGGGAGCUGGUUUCGGGGCGUCGGUUCUCGGUAAUCCGGGAAUGGGCGGCAUGGGAGCCGCCAUGAACUCAAUGUCCGGCAACUGUCUGGCGUCGGCCCCGAUCGGGUACAGCUCGAUGGGAUCACCGAUUCCCAACAUGGGUUCCUGCAUGGGCGGCAACGGAAUGAGUUCGAUGUCGGCCAUGGGAGGUUAUUCCAGUGUAGCCGGUAGUCGGGAAGUACUCGGCGAUCCUGGCUCACCGAAUUCGGCCGCUUUACAGCGGGUGCGAACGGAAAAACCUGCGGCUAUAUAUCGGAGAAAUUACACGGCGGCAAAACCACCGUACUCGUACAUCUCCCUAAUUACAAUGGCCAUCAAUAACAACCCGAACCGAAUGCUAACGCUGGCGGAAAUUUAUCAGUUCAUCAUGGAUUUGUUUCCGUUCUACAGGCAGAAUCAGCAGCGAUGGCAAAAUUCGAUCCGGCAUUCGCUUAGCUUUAACGACUGUUUUGUCAAAGUGCCCCGAACACCGGACAAACCGGGCAAAGGUUCCUUCUGGACGCUGCAUCCCGACUCGGGCAACAUGUUCGAGAAUGGGUGCUACCUUCGGCGGCAGAAGCGUUUCAAGGACGAGAAGAAAGAAGUGAUCCGUUCCAUGCACAAAAGUCCCUCGCACAGCUUGGGAGCAACCAGCCCGGACAAGAAGGAUUCGCACGAUGAUCAUCACCAUCAUCACCAUCGGGAUUCGAAGAUAUCGGCCGACACGCACGGAAUGCUGAAUGCCGCCCACGGUAAGGAAGUGGAUGCACUGGCCAUGCUCCAUGCGACCACCGAUCUGGCGUGUUUGGCACAGCAAUCUCACCCGCAGCACAGUUCCCAUCACCAGCAACUGCAGCAAGAGGAAUUGACCGCCAUGGUGAACCGGUGCCAUCCGUCGCUGCUCGGCGACUAUCACUCGAUGCACCUGAAGCAGGAACCCUCCGGCUAUACGCCCUCUAGUCAUCCGUUCUCCAUCACCCGACUGUUGCCGGCCGAGUCCAAGUCGGACAUCAAGAUGUACGAAAUGAGUCAGUACGCCGGUUACAACGGGCUGAGUCCGCUGCAGAACUCGCACGCGGCCGCUGCCGCCCUCGGACAGGAUUCCUACUAUCACCAGAGUCUCGGUUACCACCAUUCGUCCGCCGGUACGACCAGCUUGUGACAUCAGUAUCCGUUGGCAUAAGUGAAGCUCAAGAAUUACUACAACAGCACCGCCGGUGCAGGAGCUGGAGCCGGAGGAGGAUCAGGAGCAGCAGCACCAGGUGGCGGCAGCAUCAGUAGCGACACUCACCAGAACGCCAACAACAGCAGUAUCCAUCACCGAUUUCAUCAUCAUCAGCAGCAGCAACAACUUCUGCAACAUCAUCAUCAUCACCAUCAUCACAAUCAUCAUCAUCAUCAUCAGCAACAGCAGUUUAGCCCAACCGAAAGCGGUGGCGGCGGCGACGGGAACGUCACCGCUCGAACCGAGUCCGGUCACAGCUUUCAGUUCUAAACCACAUUUCGGAGGAAACAAGCAACAGUAGGUAACAAGUUGGUUAAUUUUAAUCCUCCUACGCCGGCGGGUUGGCGAAGCAAGUGAAAAACCCCGUACGGAAACAAAAAAAAUAUGUGUUCGUAGCCGAAGUUCGUGGGAUUCGAGUGGAGUUCCACGCACCAAAAAACAAAAAGUUGCCUCCGACCGUUCCGCCGGACGAAUUCAACUCGGAAUUCGGUUGGUUGUGGUAGAGUAUUUGGACGGAUGGUUUGUUUUUUCGCGGAAUUCGAAUUGAGUUGGCAAUUUGCGUUGGAAAAUUUGUUUGGUCGAUUUGAAGGUAGAUUCUGAACAGUCAGAGCAGAAAAAUCAAAUCAUUUACCCAAAAUACAACCCAAAUCCUUUGACAGUUUCUUGAAAAAAUUGUAAGUUUUUAUGUUCUCUAAAUAUUGAUUCUCAUCUCAAAAUUUCAAAAGGGUUUAUGGAUGAAAACAAAACGAUUUCAGAUUCCAUCGAUUCAAAUAGGGCCACUGCAUGCCCCUUUUCAGACUAACAUGGACAGUCACACUCUAACUAUUUAAGGGUGCUUUAGAAUGCACCACAUGUUGAAUUUUAUUUUGGAGUGUAGCAUGUCAAAUCUCUGAUUAAGCGAGAAAGAAUGCUGUAAAUUUGAACAAGUUGGGAACACAGAACAUUUUUGUACUUGAACUUCGAUAAUUAAAUAAUACUUUAAUACGAAACAUUCCACUCAACCACGUAAUCUUAUAUUAAUGUACCACCAGUUCGGUAAAAAAUCUAAUUUCGAUCUAGUAAAUUCCAAAUUUUUAAUGGUUUAUGGUUGGAAACGAAACAACUUCGGUUUCCAUUAAUUAAAAAAAAUAGGGCCUUCAUGCCCCCUUGCAGGCUAAAAUGAACAGCCAUACUCUAACUAUCUAGAGAUAUGUGGUUAAUAACGCUACCGGUGUCAAAUCUUAUUUUUAUUUUAGAAUGUAGCAUGCCAAAUCUCUAAUCAAACUAGAAAGAAUGCUGCAAAUUCGAACAAGUUUUGAAAAAUAGAACAUUUUUGUACUUGAACUAAUACUACUUUGGUACAAAAUUGUUCUGAUUAUUGAAUCCCAUCUCAGAAUUCCAAACUAUUGAUUGAAAUGGGGCCAUUGCAUGUCCCUUUUAUGGCCUAAACUGAACAGUCACAUUCUAACCAUUCAAGGGUGUUUAAGUACUCAUCGCAUGUCGAAUCUUAUUUUUAUUUCAGAUUGUAGCAUGUCAAAUAUCUGAUUAAGUUGGAAAGAAUACCACAAAUCCGAACAAGUUUGGAUAACAAAACAUUUUUGUACUUGGGCUCCUAUCGGUAGUUAAAUAAUACUUUGAUACGAAGCAUUCCAGCCUUAUUUUUGAGUUCCAGUUCGGUAAAACAGUGUUCGUUUAUUGUGUUCUCUAUUCUUGACUCCCAUAUCAAAAUUUCAAACUUUAAAUGGUUUAUGAUUGGAAACAGAACAAUUGCGAUUUGCCACAGCAUGCCUCUUUUCAGGCUAAAAUGGACAAUCACAUUCUAACCAUUCAAAAAGUUAAGGUUCUGAUUAGGCUAGAAAGAAUGCUGCAAAUUCGAACAAGUUUGGAAAACAAAACAUUUCUUUUUACUUGAACUUCUAUCGGUAUUUGAAUAAUACUUUGAUACGAAAUAUUCCACUCAAAUACAUAACCUUAUUUUUAUGUACCACCAGUUCGGUAAAAAAUCGAAUUCCAAUCUAAAAAAUUCUAAACUUUUAAUGUUUUAUGGUUGGAAACAAUCAAUUUGUUUUCCAUAGAUUAAAGUAGGGCCACUGCAUGCCCCUUUUCAGGCUAACAUGAACAGUCACACUCUAACCUUUUAAGGAUAUGUGCUUUAGAAUGCACCGUUCGUCGAAUCUUUUAUUUUAUUUUAGAAUGUAGCAUGCCAAAUCUCUGACUAGGCUAAAAAGAAUGCUGCAAAUCCGAACAAGUUUGAAAAACAAAACAUUUCUUUUCACUUGAACUUCUAUUGGUAAUUAAAUAAUUCUAUAAAACGAGACAUCACUGUACAAACCUUCAAGUACAUAAGCUUAUUUUUAUGUACCACUAGCUCGGUAAAAAAUUGUUCGUUUAUUGCAUUCUCUGAUUGUUGACUUUCAUCUCAGAAUUCCUAACUUUCAAUGGUUUACGGUUGGAAACAAUUUCGGUUUCCGUUGGUUAGAAUAGGGCCAUUGCAUGUUCUUUUUCUGGCCUAAACUGAACAGCCACACUCUAACCAACUAAGGAUGUGUGCUUUUGCUGUGUCACCCCAUGUCAAAUCCUAGUUAAAACUCGGAAGAAUUCUGUAAAUCCGUACAAAUUUUGGAAGACAACUGGAUAGUGAUAUACAAACAUUUUCAUGAAAUCUUCGAUUAAACUAUUGAGAGUAUUGCAAAUCCGACCAAUGAGUGUUAGUAACUAAUGCAACAUUGUGACAGAAUAACAUAGGUUUCUAGUAUUUUAGUCACUCAUUGAAAGCCGUCUUGGGUGAAAUUCGGUGGAAAUGGAUAUGGCUUGAGAUAAGCUGAAUUAGAGCUAGAAUAUACUCGAGAUUAUCCAAUCCUCCAUAUAAAUGCGCGUUGGUUGACUGGACAACGUUGUAACCCAUGUAUUAAAAUAGGGAUACUGCAUGCCCCUUUUCCGGUAUCAUUCAGUGGAACGAUUAUUUUGGAACCACGUAGAACGAUAUUUUACCCUUUUGAAUUUUUUCGUUAGAGGCAAAUAACGCAUUACUUUCACUAUUUAAUUGAUCUACAUUUACCCAAUCUUUCGGUCGUAAGAUACAGAUAAAUAGUUGAAAUAAAUUAUUAGCUAGUACUUCUUAUAGUAGCUCUCAAACUACAAACAUAGAGUUCUGCUAAACCCCAACCCCGUCGAUUUCUAUAGUGCCACUGCUUGUCCUUUUCCGUGCCUAGUUUAUUUAGUACAAUGCAGCUCUCCUUCAGAAAUUUGAACUCUAUUUGCUUCCAUGUCUUGUUUUAGAUAAUGCUGGAAAUAAUUUCGGAAAUCAGAACAAAUUUGCAACAUAAUUUCUCAUAUCGUUAUGACGAAUUGACAGCAGCUGACUUUGCUUAUUACUGUGUGCUUCUUGUUUAUACUACGAAGCAACUUUCUUCAAAUUCCCGUAGGUCAGUAGGUAGGUCAAAUAAUUUAAGUAUUCUACGAAUAAAAUAGGGUUGUUGCAGCCCCCUUUCGCUGGCCCGAUUCAACGGAACGUUACUCUUAAAAUUUAAAUCAUCUUCUGGUUAGAGUUUAAUAUUUUGUCAAAUCUUUGAUGAGUCUUUCUUUCCGAAAAUACAUAGAGAAUACUGAGAGGCAUACAGUGACCCUACUUUUUUUCUCUUAUGGACGUAGAAGAGUGGUAUUAUUUAGUAUACCGCAGCAAUUUCUUACGAGACGAUUUCGAUAAUUUAUUACUCAUUUUCUGUUCAAAAUUAAGUUCCUAGUUAAUAUUAGCAAAUAGUUACAAGUUUAUAACAGGCAGCAAUAUUCUUUCCAAAUUCUAAUAUGAACUAGGUAGAAGUUUUAAUAAAAACAAUUGCCUUAGUUUCAAUGGGAGAUACAGUUUUGAUAAUUUGAUUUGGCAGAAGUUUUGAGAAAAAACACUGUUUUUUUUAAAACAGAAAAGACUCGCGGUUAGGCGAUGAGAACAAAAAUCAUCCACAAUGUGGGCAACAACUUGAAAAAAAAUAUUUCAGCAGUUUUUCAAAGAGGGGCAUUUCUUACGAAUUUCAACAAAUCGGGUUUCUCUUUGCUACGAAUAAAUGCUUCAAAAACGCACAUUUUUUCUCAGAAAUUUUGAUUCAACAAAACAGUAUAAAGGGCGAAACUUUCAUUCACUUUGUUUUCGUAAGUUUCGCACUUCGUGAUUUUCAUUCCAAAAACAGGGCAGUACCUCAAGAGGGAAACUGUUUCCUUUUUGUAAGUUUUGAUGGUUUACAAGCUUUUCACUACUGAAAAUAAUAAAUGUGACAGUAAAACUACUCGCAGAUUGGUCUCAUUCGCUAAAACCAGACAAUUUUACGAAAAAUUCUCGAGGCCGUAGCUUCAUUAUUCAUACAAGGAGCAAAUGGAAAGACGAAACUCUGAUUUUGUUGAUUGAUUCAGUGGAAAUUGAACGAAAAUGGGAAAAAUUGCAUACUUUCUAAAGAUUAACCAACAAUUCAUCGACUCAUCAAAUAUUGAUGAGAAUAGAGGAUAAUUCCUAAAUAGCAAUUGAAACCAAAUUCGAAAUAUUCAUCGAGAUUUUUCUCCCUUUUGCGGUCAAUGUAAGUUUCGCCCUCUUUUGAAAAACAGUUGAUUUGAAAUGUUAAGCUUUCAAUAAGAAAUUUUGAUUUCUUGUCAAUAUUUUCGUCAAAUCAAAUCAAGUCUCUUGAGUAUUGUCUGAUUGAUGAGCAGCUUUGAUUUGUUGACAAUAUUUUCGUGAAUUAAUUGAAGUUUCCACUCUCGUGUAAGAGUCGCUAUUUGAAACGACACAAACCAAAACACGCCUACUACUGUCUUGUGGAUGAGUUUUUCCGACAUUCGCGAAUGACAGACCUGAGGUUGCCUCAUCGGCCAAACACACGCUAGAAACGACACUUCAUUUGACAUGCCAACCCAAGGCCGAACAAAAGGGUGCUUGUUUAGAAAACCUUAUCCCAGGCUCCCAGAAGCCUACGGUGCCAAUUGCUUAUUACCCAGCAGUGAAGGUAGUGACCCAAGCAACAAGAAAAAAAAGAAAAAGUGCAGAAAAUUCCACCCGCGCAGACACCUAAAAAGCAACAAAACCAGUUUCAUGUCACCGAAAAGAAACCAGCAACAAAAAAAUGGUGCUCAUCAUCCACUGGAGAUAUCGGUUCGCCUCAUUCGGCCGAACCACUUCUGUUUCGUUCGAUCGGAGAGCAGUAAUCUUGAGUGACUCUUCGGUGGUGAGGAGUCUGCGCGCGCACCAUCCCCCCUUCCCCCCCACCCCCCUCCGGGAAUCCCGGUUAAUGAAGAAUUUAUCGAUGAGUAGUGGCUUCUGUCUGCGGGAUCAACAGCAGCCACAGGCUAUACAAACGACUCAUUCAAGAAGUUUUGUCGUUUUUUUUUUGGUUUUUAGCUGACCGCUUGACCGGGCAUGUCACUGAGACUGUUCAUUCAUGCGUAGUCAUAAGACCUUCUCUGCUCGCUGGCAGCAAUUGCUUUAUGGUAAUUCCUCAUUAGGUUGCGUUUUCCACAAGCGGUCGUCUUCACACCGCGGCCAGCUUCUCCGUCAUGAUAGGGUGGUGGUUGUCGUGGACAGAGCUCGGUUUGGUCGCGUGACAUAUGCGAGUACAACCCUAACAACAUCGUAGUAGUCUGCGCAAUUGAAUUUUUCUUCCAACAACUUACUGCCGAAGCCGCAUCGCACCGGCAGUGACCUAAAUUCGGUGCGGGGGUACCUCGAAGCUCUGUAUAGUGGUCAUGGUUCCGGACUGUAAGCUGGUCGCGCUUGUACCUGUAGCACCUUCAGUGCACUUCAAAACGAAUGAAAGAGAUGAAAGAGAAUGGUCGAUUCAAAUCCUACCGCUAUAAAGCCGCCUCAAGACGUACGUUCAGUAGCCCUCUUGACAGACGCACUUGUUGUUGGUUUUAUUGUGUUUUCCGGUUUUUAGUUGGCCGGUAGCAAAACUAAGCAAAGCAUCGAUGACAAUCGUUUGACCCCUGUCGAUUCACAGUGAUGCCAGGUCAAAUUGGCAUCCAAGAACUCAAGACAGCUGCGCUAACAGCAAGGGCUUGUGCGCCACUCCCGAAUAACCAGGUUCGUCUUCUGGUCGCUGUUCGGUGAAAUGAAAAUCCUUGAGACACCCACCCGAAAACUCAAUUUACCGUUUUUUUUUGGUCGAGAGUGACUUUCGACCUUUGUGUGGUAAAGCGCGAAGCGUGCCCACAAGUGCUUCUCUGAGGUCCCCCCUUCGUCAGGCUAGGGCACAAAUUGUUUGAAUACGACGACGGUGAGUGGGUCUGACAAGAAACAGAGAUAGAUAGAUUGGCUGAUGGAGUGUGGCAAAGUUCUGCUUUCGGGACUUAUGAAUAUUUAUUCAGAUGGACGGACUUCUUCGGAUGACGUGGGUACUCCUGGAAUGAAGUGGAAGUGCUGGAAGAGUGGGCCGCUAAAUUGGUGUUUGCGGGUGUGACAGUUUGGAAGUUUUUUUUGGCAAUAUUUGAUUCGUCUCUAGAUUCUGCCGUGACCUCUUCCUGGAUUCCUUUGUUUUGUGCAUAGUAUUUGUUUCUAAGGGUGAUUUGAGAUGAGCUAAUUUUUGCAAAAGGCCUUAUUUUUUCAUAUGAAACUGAUCCUAGUGAGCACUUGACAAAACUGAGGAGCUUUGUAGAUUUAUGUCGUUUUUACUUGAGAACUCAGAUUAAUUUCUUCAAACAUAAUUUUGACAAUCAAGUGCGAGGCUCACCUGAAUUUUACUUAACUGACGUGCCCACAAAACUAGAUUGGAUUAAAUAAAAUCGCCAAGACUUGUCCAGACUGGAUCCGAAUAUUUCGGAAUAAAAUGAGAUUAUUAGUCAAAAGUAGUCCCAAGUUUGGAAUGAUUUCCUCGUCGUGAGGAACGUAAUUGUUUCACGUUUCGUUUUUCAUGAAAUUUGAAAAACUGCUCAGUCAGUUUGAAUGCCGCUGAUGCAAACCAAUGAUAAUCAGACGGAAACAAAGUACGGUAAAUUCGGCCGGUGCGUCUAUACUGAAGUGCAUGAUUUCUUCAAUACGUUCGAAAACAGCAAACAAAACCCAAUUCGACGUAAACAUUUGUUAGAUUGACUUAAGCCUCUCUAACUCGUAAGUCGCAUGUCACUGCCGGUGGUUUCUAAUACAGUUGAUCGUUACGGCAGAACGAAACGACAGAUUGUGUUAGGUGAUGCAGUAAUAUGCACACCAUGGAAAUGAGUUGAGAUAGUUCUAAUUUUUUCGUUUAUAUUGCAAAUGACUUACGAAAGGCUGCUUUGAGGCAACCUUGCGAGUUAGAGGGUUCAGUAGGCAAUGUCAGAUUAAAUUCUGCAAUCUCUCUCUCGUCCGCAGGCAUAAAUCAUCCGGGUUUAGAAUCGGCAAGUAUAUCUAAUUAGUGAUUGAAAAGAUGGUGGAAGACGAUUCUAAAAAGAAUUGAUCUGCUGAAUUCAUCAGGAGUUUACGAAUGUGGAGUACUUUUUGCCAUCAUUUAUUUAUCUACACCAGACUCAAAAUUCUGGACCAGGAGUAAUUGUGGGAACUACAUUCAAAAUCUAGGACAGGCUCAGAAUUUGGUAGCAAAAUUCUGAAUUGGAACACAGAUCAUGAAUUUUGGUCUAGAAUUAAGCGAAAUGAACUCAUUUUUAGAAUCCAAGUUCCGAAUUUAAUUCUACAACUGAAUACAAAAACUUGAAUUCUGAAUCUAAAUAAGAGGUUGAAUUCAGUUCCGAAAUCUAGUUUCAGACCCCAGGUUACGAAUACAACCUUAGCAUGCAGGUUCUAAACUCUGAACAGAAAUUCUGGAUGUAAAUUUUGAAACUGAAUUCUAGUUCGGAUUUUAGAUCUAAAAUUUUGUCCCUGAACUCAGAUCUUGAAUUUUGUUCCAGAAUUCUGAAUAAGAGUUCAAGCAACGAAUUCCGAACUUAAAUUGAGGCACUAAAUUUUUUCUAAAAUCUAGUCAAGAAACCAAUUCCAGAAAUCUAGUUCAAUAAUCUAGAAUAAGAAUUCAGUUCCAGAGUCUUAGUUUUAACUUCUAAACCAGUAUUCUGAAACUCCAAAGUCUAGCUCCUGAAUUCAUCGUCCGGAAUUCUGGAAAUGAACUCUGAACCGAAAUUAAGGAAGGAAAUUCUGAAAAUAAAUUUAGUUCUAAAACUCUGGUUCGGAUUUCAGGUCUAAAAUUUUGUCCCCGAACCCAGAUCUUGAAUUUUGUUCCAGAAUUCGGAAUUUUGUUCCAGAAUUGUUCCUGAAUAAGUGUUUAAGGAACGAAUUUCGAUCUUAAAUUAAGGCACUAAAUUCAAUUCUAAAAUCUAGUCAAGAAACCAAUUCCAGAAAUCUAGCUCAAGAAUCUAGAAUCAGGAUUCAGUUCCAGAGUCUUAGUUUUAACUUCUAAACCAGUAUUCUGAAACUCCAAAGUCUAGCUCCUGAAUUCAUCGUCCGGAAUUCUGGAAAUGAACUCUGAACCGAAAUUAAGGAAGGAAAUUCUGAAAAUAAAUUUAGUUCUAAAACUCUGGUUCGGAUUUCAGGUCUAAAAUUUCGUCCCCGAACCCAGAUCUUGAAUUUUGUUCCAGAAUUCGGAAUUUUGUUCCAGAAUUGUUCCUGAAUAAGUGUUUAAGGAACGAAUUUCGAUCUUAAAUUAAGGCACUAAAUUCAAUUCUAAAAUCCAGUCAAGAAACCAAUUCCAGAAAUCUAGCUCAAGAAUCUAGAAUCAGAAUUCAGUUCCAGAGUCUUAGUUUUAACUUCUAAACCAGUAUUCUGAAACUAAAAACGUCUAGCUCCUGAAUCCAUCUUCCGGAAUUCUUGAAAUGAACUCUGAACCGAAAUUGACGAAGUAAAUUCUGAAAAUAAAUUUAGUUCUAAAACUCUGAUUCGGAUUUCAGAUCUAAAAUUUUGUCCCCGAACCCAGAUCUUGAAUUUAUAUCUUGAAUUGUUUUCCAGAAUUCGGAAUUUUGUUCCAGAAUUGUUCCUGAAUAUGUGUUAAUGAAACGAAUUCCGAACUUAAAUUAAGGCACUAAAUUCAGUUCUAAAAUCUAACAUCUGGAACUAAGUUCUAAAAUUUAAUUCUGAGACUGAAUUCAGGAUUCGGUUUUGAAUUCAAUUCUAAAAUUCAGUUUUAGCCGAAAUCCAAUCCAAAUGAGGCUUCCCAAUGCGGAUGAAAGUGCGAAAAAGACAAACAAGCGUGACCAGAUUUCAGAUUUCGAAUUUAGUUCUAGAACUGAACUCUAGACUUGAAUUUUGAACCUUAAUAGAGAAACUAAAUUCAGUUCCAAAGUCUAGCUCCUGAAUCCAUCUUCCGAAUUUAGUUCCAGGAUGCAGGUUCUGAAUUCUGGAAAUUAACUCUGGACCGAAAUACAGGACGUAUAUUCUGAAACUGAAUUUGAGAGUCAGUUCUAAAACUCUGGUUCGGAUUUCUGAUUUAAAAAUUUGUCCUUGAAUCCAGCUCUUGAACUCAUAUCUUGCGUUUUGUUCCAGAAUUGUUCCUGAAUAACACUUGAGGGAACGAAUGCCAAUUUUUAAUUAAGGCACUAAAUUGAGUUCUAAAAUCUAGUCAAGAAACCAGUUCCAUAAAUCAAGAAUCUAGAAUCAGCAUUCAGUUCCAGUCUUAGUUUUAACUAGUAUUCUGAAACUCCAAAGUCUAGCUCCUGAAUCCAUCUUCCGGAAUUCUGGAAAUGAACUUUGUACCGAAAUUGGGAAUUAAAUUCUGAAACUGAAUUUAGUUCUAAAACUCUGGUUCGGAUUUCAGAUCUAAAAAUUUGUCCUUGAAACCAGCUCUUGAAUUCAUAUCUUUCAUUCUGUUCCAGAAUUGUUCCUAAAUAAGAGUUCAAUGAACGAAUUCCGAGCUUCAAUUAUGGUUCCAAAAUUCAGUCAAGAAACCAAUUCCAGAAAUCAAGAGACUAGAAUCUGAAUUCAGUUCCAGAGUCAUAGUUUUUUUUUUCUAACCCAGUAUUCUGGAACUAAAUACUAAAUUCAGAAUUCAGGUGAAACAAGUGGAUUCAAGUUCUGAAUUCAUUCCAAAAUUCAGUCCCGAAAUCCAAUCCCAAUGAGGCUUCACAAUGCGGAUGAAAGCGCGAAAAAGGCAAACAAGCGUGAUCAGAGUCCAGAUUUCGAAUUUAGUUCUAGAACUGAACUCUAAACUUGAACUUCGAACCUUAAUAGAGAAACUAAAUUCAGUUCCAAAGUCUGGCUCCUGAAUCCAUCUUCCGAAUUUAGUUCCAGGAUGCAGGUGCUGAGUUCUGGAAAUUAACUCUGAACCGAAAUUCAGGACGCAUAUUCUGAAACUGAAUUUGAGAGUCAGUUCUAAAACUCUGGUUCGGAUUUCUGAUUUAAUAAUUUGUCCUUGAAUCCAGCUCUUGAACCCAUAUCUUGCAUUUUGUUCCAGAAAAACCCUUGAGGGAACGAAUGCCGAUUUUAAAUAAAGGCACUAAAUUGAGUUCUAAAAUCCAGUCAAGAAACCAGUUCCAGAAAUCCAGAAUCUUGAAUCAGGAUUCAGUUCCAGUCUUAGUUUUAACUUCUGAACCAGUAUUCUGGAACUAAAUCCUAAAAUUUAAUUCUGAGGCUAGAUUCAGAAUUCAGGUGAACGAACCACGAAAAACGGCAAGCAAGUGUGAUGAGUUUUUUUCUAGAUAUUCACGUUUAUUUCACACUGUUGAAAGUUUAGAAUUACGCUUACGUUUAGUACAACUUGAGAUACUAACGCUUAGAUUCUACCCAUUCAUCCAGACGGCGAAUUUUUAAAAGACGCCCCAUAGUAAAGUAAGACGUUUUCACGUCAAACCAAUUGUUUUACUUCCAUCGCGUAGAAAUAUCUUACGAAAACAUGAGAACCCGGUGUUGAACCAACAAUUAAUCGAAAAAGCUAGACGUUUUAAACAUCAUAGUAUUGUGAAACGUACUCAAAAUGCGAGAAUGCAUUUUUUCAGAAUUCUGUUGGCAGUUCCACUAGAAGGCGUAUGUCACAGUUCGACACAUUCCAUUUACUGGUUUGUGUUCGAACAAAUCAGGUGAUGGACAGCAUUCUUCAUUAAGCGUGGAGUCACAUUUUCUUUUCUUGUUCUAUUUUCUAUCAUUUUUGACACGUGUAAAGUUGAUCCAGAUAACAUUUUUUCCACGACGCUUCCUUCCAAACGAAAGAAUACGAUGUCACAGCCUGCUAUGUUGCUUUGAUUUUUCGUAGCCACUAGCGGAUAUUUCUUCGAAAGCUGAAAAGCAUAAAAUCGUCAAUUUAUUAGUUAUUGAAUCUUAUUCAUGUUUUUUUUACCUAAGUCGAAUAUCUUUCCUAAAAAUUAUGAUUCAAAAUCGAAAAGUGGUUCACCAAGCCUGAAACGGGGGAAAAUAAAAAAAUAGUCAAACAAUUUAUUCCGAAUCGAACUGAACGCUCGACCGAAAACCAUUAGUUUCGUCGUUUAACAGCCGCUAAAAGCAUCGAUAAUGCGUCGUACGAAGUUAGCACCCUUUUGCGACGCCAGCAUCACCAAAGUUCCUGGGGCAAAACUGCCCGAAUUGAUCGAUCGACCGAUAGCCGAAUGUGCUUUUUAGCAGGUUUAGCUUCGAUCCUCAACCCAACCCGCUAUCGAAUUUGUGUCCAAACUUGCUACCAUUUCUCACAGUCCACGACGCACAACACGGGCUACCGCGGUGUGCUCAUUAGACCGGACCCGCUAAAUAAACAAAUUAUCCGUUUAGUUGUAAUUAAAUUAUUGGAACGCAAACACCAACAGCAUAUUACCGUCGUCCGCAGAGAAGAGUAACUGCCUUCCCUCCCGGCACGUCCCGACGUCUUCUUCGGCUACGAACACAAAACCUCACUCUCACAAAUACACAAUGAAAAUUUGUAGUUCCGAAUCAACUUUCCAAAAUGAAAAAAAAAAGAGACAGUUUCACUUCUUCGCUUUGAUAUUAACAGAAGAAAAGCCCAAAACCUGUAGUACGUAUACGCGCUAAUGCCAACCACAUUAAACAUUAUGAAAACAAGAAUACAAAUUAACCUUUCAAAUUGUGACCAACGUUGAACUUUUAGAGAAUGACUCUGGUUUCAUGGUUCACGGCAGUAUUUUUAUAGCAGCAAAGCAAAAUAAACCGUCAAACUGCCGGCAGCGCUGGCAACACUGGACGAAUAGAAUCAAAAUGUGCAAUUAUGUAUAACAAAAUAAUGAAGAGAAAAGCAAAUGUCACUUUCGAGGAAAACCAAAACACACACAAUCUGUCCUUUCGUAUUCCUCGAACCAUCCUCUGAGUACUCUGUACAGCGAAGUAAAACUAACAAGCAAAACCGAUACGAUGGUUUUGAGAAUUUAAUCUGAGUAAAUACUAUUAAAAAAAAAGAUGCCGUGCAGGCGUCCGAGUAGCGGUUAAGCAGAUUUGUUUUUUUAUACAUAUAUAUUUCGCAAUAUUAUUUCCAAGGUGUAAAUAUUUUAUUAUCUCUAUGUCUAAGUCGAAUUUUUUUAUAUAUACAUAAAAAAAUAGAAAAAAAAACUUUUAAAAAUUAUAGUAAUAUAAAUCAAAGAAUCUUUGUACAUAGAUAAUUAUUUUAGUUUCCCAAACUGCGGACAUUCCAGCAACUCUUCGAAUCAAAUUGUGAAUAUAAAAUAGCAAACAACCGGUUGAAAUCUAAUUUACCAUUCCCCCCCAAUCGAGAGGAGCACUCAUACGAUCAUGUCCUGAAAAGGGCUGCCAUCGUCGUCGUCGCAUCCGAAUUAUGUUAUUUCGAAUACUACAGCCUAGCAACAGGUGCAACAGCAACUCUUAAACGGUAGUUAGACCCAACAAACAAACAAAAAAACAAGCAAACGCGAAUAGUUCUGGUGCAAACCGCAAAUCUCAAACCCAGUAGAAGAAAGAAUUGAAUCCAUUUCAAGUUCAAGAAUGACCAGCAAAACAACAAAAAAAACAAAUUGUGAAAAAAAUUUAAGGAAAAAACUGUAAGCUAAGUGAUGAAAUGAAAAUGGUCUAGUAAAUAGAAGAUUAAAAAAAAUUCUCUUAUAAAUAAAGCAAACAGUAAAAACACACACACACGCAAAAAAAAACAAAAACCCGUACGUAGCAAAACCCGGACCGCGGUUCAAGGGGAACCGUCAGGGAGCCGGGUUUAGGAAUGGAAAAAGCAAACCCUAAGAAGAAGAAGAAUAAGCGAAAGAGUAGGUGGAUGAGGAGUGAGUGGGACAGUCCUCGGAAGGGGACGGACGCACCACCCUCCUCCGGGCAUUAAUUUAAAUUUAGCAACUCUCGUUUUUUGUCACGAAAACAUACAAUUGAAAUAAAAACCAUUAAAUAAAAA